AUGGUCAAACCGAGGCUCAUCAUCCUCAUUCGGCACGCUCAGUCCGAGGGCAACAAGAACCGCGAUAUUCAUCAAACGAUACCCGAUCACCGAGUAAAGUUAACACAAGAUGGCUGGCAACAAGCCUACGAAGCUGGUCGCAACCUGCGCAAGUUGCUGCGCGCCGAUGACACACUGCACUUCUUUACCUCCCCCUACCGCCGGACUCGCGAGACAACCGAGGGCAUUCUCUCGACGCUGACAUCCGACGAGGAGGACCCGUCUCCAUUCAAGCGCUCAAACAUCAAGGUCUACGAGGAACCCCGCUUGCGUGAGCAGGACUUUGGUAACUUCCAGCCGUGCUCCGCCGAAAUGGAACGCAUGUGGCAAGAGCGUGCCGAUUACGGCCAUUUCUUCUACCGCAUCCCCAAUGGCGAGAGCGCCGCAGACGCCUACGACAGAGUUAGUGGCUUCAACGAGAGUCUGUGGCGUCAGUUUGGCGAGAAUGACUUUGCCAGCGUUUGUGUACUAGUUACCCACGGCCUCAUGUCCCGGGUCUUCUUGAUGAAGUGGUAUCACUUCACUGUCGAGUACUUUGAGGACCUGCGUAACGUCAACCAUUGCGAGUUUCUCAUCAUGCGCAAGCAAGAAGAGAGCGGCAAGUACAUCCUCGAGAAUAAACUCCGGACAUGGUCAGAGCUACGCAAGGAGCGGGCCGAGUUAAAGGAGAAAGAGGAGAAGGAACGGAGCGAGGUCGAGGGGAACCAGGAAAGGUCCACCAAGGAUGCCAAGAACGGUACUCUUCUCGAACGCAGUAAGACCUUCAUCGUCACGCGGCGCUGGGGUGGCUGUCCUAACGGGUGUAAUCACAAGAGCCACUACCAGAGGCGAGACGACCUGGAAGCCCUUCGCCGAACGGACGAAGUCACCUCUAAUGGGACUGUUGGCCUAUCCCGUCGGCAGUCCCCUGCACCAGGACGGCGACCCAUUAAGCGAUGCGAGCAGGGAUACACAUCCGACGAGGGCACCGACAGCGAUGGCCGGCCACCGCAGAUCGACGUCACCCGAGCUCGCCAUGAAGUCGUUUCAUCUCCCGAUGGAACCCCAUCCUUUAUCUCUGCCGAAGAUCGCCUACGGAGCAUGAUCUCGCCGCACCUGAAUGUUGGCCGUGAUUUUGGUGGAACUUUCUCCGGGCAGACCUCGAUUGCCGGCAGUGACACAGACUCUUCCGAGGAGGAUGGCCACAGACCGGAGAUUACAGCCGUGACCAAGAUCAAGGUUGGCAUUGUGUCUAACGGGGACAAUAACGGCGCCAAUGGCAGUAUCAACAGCAUCGUCGGUGGUCAAACCAAAGGCAACAUGACACCAAACACCGAAGACGAGCAAUCAGACGAGAAGAGCCGGCGGCGCCGCGCCAACCGCCUUGGUGAUACCAAUAGCAGCCAUCGGGGCUCCGAGGCAGACGAGGAUGACAUUGACGCUGCGGAGAAGCGAGACAGGAGUAUCUUGGGUAGUGUUUACUGA